AUAAAUGUGAUUAGAGCUUGCAGCGCUCUCUGGUCUCAUUUGCUUUCUUUGACUGAAAUUUGUCAGAAUUUUCACAUUAGAAAUAAUCCAUCAGUAACCAUGAAUGCUGAAAAGUUGAAGAAACUGCAAGCAGAGGUUCGUAUCGGUGGAAAGGGUAUGCCCCGCCGUAAGAAGAAGAUUGUGCACACAAAUUCCGCAGUGGAUGAUAAGAAGCUGCAGCUGUCGCUGAAGAAACUUGGAGUAAAUACUAUUCCUGGUAUCGAAGAGGUUAACAUGAUUAAAAAUGACGGCACGGUUAUUCAUUUUAACAAUCCGAAAACGCAAGCAUCGCUUGCCACCAACACAUUUGCCAUCACUGGACACAGCGAGACGAAGCAGAUUACGGAUAUGCUUCCGAGUAUCAUCUCUCAACUUGGACCGGAAGGCAUUAAUCAGCUCAAGAAGCUAGCCAGCGCUGCUGUUGCCGAAGACGACGAUGAUGUUCCCGAAUUGACAGAAAACUUUGAGGAAGCUUCCAAGAAGGAAGUAGAGAAUAUCACUCAAAAAGUGCAGGAGAUUCCGGUUUCAUAAGUUGAUUUUUCAACUUCCCUUCUGCCUUUCUAUAUCACUGUGCGUAUUUUGAUCAGUUUGAAUAAGGAAAGUUUCUCCUUUCCGCAGUAUACAAGAUGUGCUUUUAUGUGGCGUGCUAGUUCAAUGCUUCAAAAGUCAGCGCGCCAGUACAUUUUUUCCGCAAAUUAGUCAUCAGCUGCAAAAUCAGACCUAUUACAGUCGUUUUGUCUAGAAGUCGAUUUUUUCAUGUACUUCACAUAAAACGGUGCAUCGAGAAAUCCCUCUCAGCCUAAUGCAGAUAAGCUCUCGUCACCCAACAUUGUGGAAAAUCAAUAACAAUUGUACGGCACUCGAUGUUUUGUAAAUAACUGAGUGAAGAAGGAAGCAAAACAUGAUUGAACAACAGCAGAAUGCAAAGAAUACUUCGUUAUAAACACAUUUUAAUAAACAAUAAAAGGAGAGUAGGUUUAAGGAAACAAAAAAUCCCAA